AUGCUUUUCGCCAGGACGUCUUUGCUCGCACUCGCAACCAGCCUCUCUAACAUCUCCUCAGCAAAAGCCUACUGGCUCGUAGCAACCGAUAUCACAUCCUUCAUACCGGGCCCAGUCGGCGGUGAUGGCUACCAGUGGAUACACGUCGACAAUCUCGAAUGCAACACCAUGAUCGACGCGCCCCUCGUGAACGACAGAUCAGACGUGAGCGGCGACAAGCAGGGUGUACGCAUGGAGUCCGAGGAGGGUGACUGCGAUCACGGGGGUAAUUGGUGGGCCACCGAAUGUCCUACUGAAGUGGAGCAGCACUUCCCGGAAUUUCAUCAGACUUGGUAUGCUGACCGCGACAAUACCAUGGUGAACCUGGAGGGUGGUGUUGUGGGAUCUUGUCGGGUUGAUAUGACGCAUGAUAUCCAGUGUGAAGUCACUGCCGGAAUGGCGCGCUUCCAGACUUUGCUAGAGUGCACGCAGACCGCCUAA